AGGUACAGUAAAAUCAGAACAACAGUUCAUUCGGUAAACAAGAAUGCACUAAAGAAACAGCACACAGGGAAACUGUAAACUUCUCUUACUAACAUCAUACAAGACAAAGGACUUGAAUGAUAGAUUUUCUUAGAAGAUUUAGAAAAAUCUUUAGAUUCAAAAUGUAUCUUGCAAUUGCCAUACAACUCAGCAUUUUCUGCAUCAUCCAAGCAGCUAAUCUAGAUGAGGACAAAGCCUGUGGGGACUGUUGUGCUGCAGGGACUCAUGGAAUUCCUGGCACACACGGUGCCCCUGGUGCUCCAGGCCCAAUAGGCCUAAAAGGAGAUAUCGGAGUGAAAGGAGAAAAAGGAAACCAAGGUAUAGAUGGGAAAGAUGGGCUUGAAGGUAAAAUAGGACCAAUUGGUCUAACAGGUGCUACAGGUGAGAAAGGUGAAAGAGGAGAGAAAGGCGAACAAGGUACCCUAAACAACCAGCCUAAAUCUGCGUUCUCGGUUGCAUUUAGGAACAAUCCUGGCCGUCAUCCAAUUAGUCCAAUGAAAUACACAACAAUAAUCACAAAUGUGGGUAGUCACUACAAUGCAGAAACAGGCAAGUUUGUCUGUCAACAUCCAGGCACCUACGUCUUCCAAUUUGCAUCAGGGUCAUCUAACAACGGAAACAUUGUAACACAAAUCAUGAAGAAUGGGCAACGUGUUGUCUCAGCAUUUGAGAGUGGUCCCGGCUCCAAAUCAAUUGGAAACACGGUUGUUCUUGAUUUAGUAGCAAAUGAUGAAGUGUGGACUCAGCCUCUAAGUACCAAUUAUAACUAUUACAAUAGUAACACUAAUGCCUUCUGUACUUUUUCAGGCUUCCUGCUUUAUGCAACAGCAUAAAGGAUUUUAAACAAACUAUUAUAUACAAAUUGCAAACCAGCAACUUGCAACAGAGGCUUUUAUGAAAAAAACUACACAGAUAUGAAAAUUCUGUUAAUAUUCGAUUCCUUUCAUCUUUUUACUUAUAAUGAAGUUAACAUCAAAUUGUGCUUGGUUGUAAAAAUAGCUUAUUUAAUAAUGCUACAAGUAUAAUCCGAGGUACAGAAAGCUUUCUUAGCAACAUCAUAUACAGUUGGUUCAUGAUACUUGGUUGAAAUACAAUCUGAACAUUUGUGACUUGCUCUGGCAAACUCGCGGUUUGUUGCAAUUUCUAAUUUUGCACAAGCACCUAAACGGUUGAGAAUCAGAAUUUUGAACAUUUCCAGGUUUUCGCAUUUUAUAAAAAAGAAAUUUGGAGAACAUUUAUGCAAAAUAUCAAUCUCACUAAAUCUAACUGAAAAGUAUAUCGUUACGCCAUUGCUGAAUUUGCCAGAGCCAGUCACAUUUUACUAGUUGAUGUUUUUCUUGGAAUUAUCUAUUAUUUCAGUAGUAUGAAUAAAAGAACUUUAAAAAUGGACAAACUAAUUAAAAA